UCAUUGCCCAGCUAGGGAGAGGGAGACCCAGAGAGGGCAGAGUACUUGCCCAAGGUCACGCAGGGAGCGAUAGCUGAGGCCUCAACACCGAGGGUUUCCUUCCUAGACUCCCCUCCUCACGCGCUCGGGGCCCCUCCAAUCCGCAGCUCUGCUUGCGGGGAUGUGCAUCUCUUCCCCCCGCCUCUCCCCUCUUCCGCUGUCCAUCAGUCAGCCCAUCAGUCUGGGAGUCUACACCGGCUCAGCGGUGCACCCCUCCCCAGCCUCGGGCGCUGCGCAGGGAGAGGCAGGGCGUUUGCAGCGCCCAGCCCGCGCCCCACGCCCGCAGCAGACGGCAGCGCCUGCGCCCGCGGCCCCCAGCCGGUGUGCGGGAGUCGCGGAGGCCACGGCGCGGCAGCCGGCCAGCGGCAGGAUCUCUUGCUCCCUCGCCCGCUCUCUGCGCUCAGGAAAAGCCAAGCCGGGAAGCCCUAGCGACCUGUCUUCCAAGAUGAAGAAGCUCCAGGGAGCUCACCUCCGCAAGCCUGUCACUCCAGACCUGCUGAUGACCCCAAGCGACCAGGGCGAUGUAGACCUGGACAUGGACUUUGCCGCAGACCGGGGGAACUGGACAGGCAAGCUGGACUUCCUGCUGUCCUGCAUUGGCUACUGUGUCGGCCUGGGGAACGUCUGGCGUUUUCCCUAUCGAGCCUAUACCAAUGGAGGAGGCGCCUUCCUUGUACCCUACUUCCUCAUGCUGGCCAUCUGCGGCAUCCCCCUCUUCUUCCUUGAGCUCUCUCUGGGCCAGUUCUCCAGUCUGGGACCCCUGGCUGUCUGGAAAAUCAGCCCGCUCUUCAAAGGUGCCGGUGCAGCCAUGCUGCUCAUCGUGGGCCUGGUGGCCGUCUACUACAACAUGAUUAUCGCCUACGUGCUCUUCUACCUCCUCGCCUCCCUCACCAGCACCCUGCCCUGGGAACACUGCGGCAACUGGUGGAACACGGACCUCUGCCUCGAGCACAGAGGCUCCACGGAUGGCAACGGGGCCCUGCCCCUCAACCUCACCAGCACUGUCAGCCCCAGCGAGGAGUACUGGAGCCGCUACGUCCUCCACAUCCAAGGAAGCCAGGGCAUCGGAAGUCCCGGGCACAUCCGCUGGAACCUCUGCCUUUGCCUGCUGCUCGCCUGGGUCAUCGUGUUCCUCUGUAUCCUCAAGGGUGUGAAGUCCUCGGGCAAGGUGGUGUAUUUCACGGCCACGUUCCCCUACCUCAUUCUGCUCAUGCUGCUGGUCCGUGGAGUCACCCUCCCUGGGGCCUGGAAGGGCAUCCAGUUCUAUCUUACCCCUCAGUUCCACCACCUGUUGUCUUCCAAGGUGUGGAUCGAAGCUGCUCUUCAGAUCUUCUACUCCUUGGGUGUGGGCUUCGGGGGGCUCCUCACCUUUGCCUCCUACAACACAUUUCACCAGAAUAUCUAUAGAGACACCUUCAUUGUCACCCUGGGCAACGCCAUCACCAGCAUCUUGGCUGGCUUUGCCAUCUUCUCUGUGCUGGGCUACAUGUCUCAGGAGCUGGGUGUACCUGUGGACCAAGUAGCCAAAGCAGGCCCUGGCCUGGCCUUUGUCGUCUACCCACAGGCCAUGACCAUGCUGCCUCUGUCACCCUUCUGGUCCUUCCUGUUCUUCUUCAUGCUGCUGACUCUCGGCUUGGACAGCCAGUUUGCCUUCUUGGAGACCAUUGUGACAGCUAUUACGGACGAGUUCCCAUACUACCUUCGGCCCAAGAAGGCUGUGUUCUCGGGGCUCAUCUGCGUGGCCAUGUACCUGAUGGGGCUGGUCCUCACCACAGAUGGGGGCAUGUACUGGCUGGUCCUUCUGGACGACUACAGCGCCAGCUUCGGGCUGAUGGUGGUGGUGAUCACCACGUGCCUCGCCGUCACCCGGGUGUAUGGCAUCCAGAGGUUCUGCCGGGACAUCCACAUGAUGCUGGGCUUCAAGCCGGGCUUCUACUUCAGGGCCUGCUGGCUGUUCCUGUCCCCAGCCACGCUCCUGGCCCUGCUGGUGUAUAGCAUCGUCAAGUACCAGCCCUCAGUGUAUGGCAGCUACCGCUUCCCAGCCUGGGCGGAGCUGCUGGGCAUCCUGAUGGGCCUGCUGUCCUGCCUCAUGAUCCCAGCUGGCAUGCUGGUAGCCGUGCUUCGAGAGGAGGGCUCGCUCUGGGAGCGGCUUCAGCAGGCGAGCCGGCCGACCAUGGAUUGGGGCCCAUCACUGGAGGAGAACCGGACAGGCAUGUACGUGGCUACACUGGCUGGGAGCCAGUCACCCAAGCCAUUGAUGGUGCACAUGCGCAAGUACGGGGGCAUCACCAGCUUCGAGAACACGGCUAUCGAAGUAGACCGUGAGAUUGCAGAGGAGGAGGAAUCCAUGAUGUGAGACGGAAAGAAGGCAGACACCAGGCCCUGUCGGCCCCCAAGGGGAGCGGCACACCCUCUGGGGUUCUGAGAGGCCUGAGGCUGUUGGAGGCUGCCAUGGUGAUGCUGGUCCCCAAAGCAAGUCCUUCUUUGUGACCUCUGCCUCUCCCAAAACUUCUGUCUGCUCCCUACACACACACACAGACAUUCAAAGCUGAGAUGAGCCAGCUCAGCCCUUCCUUCAUAGACAGACAGACUGAGGCCAAGGAGAAGGGACUUACCCAAGGUCACAUGGCAGAUGGGACUGGACCCCAGGCCUCCUAACCAACUAGCUCCCUUUUUUACAUGGCAGCUGGCACCACCCGCUCAUCUCUGUUCAGGACUCAGUCCCCUCUCUUUCCCUAAGGAAGCCUGCCCCAUACACUUCAAUGCAGCCAGAAUCUGGAGCUGGGCAGGGACACUUGGGUGUCCCAAGGUUCGUGAGGCCCCAUCAAGGGUUAGCAAGUCAAGUGGGAGAAAGAUCCCCAUGGGGUCACGGGUGCAGGCCAAGUUUCGUAAAGGAGGUGGGGCCUGAGGCCCUGGAGGAUGGGCAGAUUUGGAGAGAGAAAAAGAGGAGGGCAGGGUGGGGAGGGCCUCUGACCAAGGAGCUCACCCAGCCAAGGUGGGGUUAGAAUAUGGCCCCCUUUUCCUCCCCUGGGGCCAGGAGGCAGUCCAGGGAGUGACCAAGGCCACGUGAGCAGGGAGAAUGGUGGGAGAAGCAAGUGUUUUCAGGUUACAACAGGAUUCGGGUACGAAUGAAGACUGAGGGGGUGGGGGAGGCAGGGACAUGGGCAGGCAGGCCAUUUGCAUGACCCUGUGCUUUAGACAGAAUAUAUUUCUGGCUCAGAGCACCAGGAGGAGGUGGGAAGCCUGCUGAGGACAGAGCAUAGGGGCCAAUGCCUAAGCUGGGGUGUUAAGUGGGUGGAGGGAAGGGAAAGGAGGAGGACCCCACAACUUCCCUCACUGGACCCCACUUCCUCCUGUACAGGGAGCCGUGGACACGAUUAGGACUGGGGGAGGGGGUACCUGCCCUGCCCUGUGGAGGUGGAGACAAGGGGUCACAGUCAGGACCUAGGGUCCCCCUCCUCCCCUCUUCCUUGUCCUGGCAGCCCUCACUGUCUCCACCAGCUCCAGGCAUUGCUGAGGAAUUGACCUUGGCUAUGGACCACCAGGCAACUAAGAGACUUGGAGCUGGUUCACACACAUGACUGUCUGGUCCCAAUGCUGCCCACUCUGCUUCAGCAUGCGGGUCCCUGGGCGUGGACAUGAGGGUAGAGGCAGAGAGCAACCGACACCCCAGGCCUGUGACCUGGGGACAGGUUGCCCAGAGACUUUGGCAUCUGCAAACCCCAGGCAUGGGAGGGGCUGCCCUAGGGUCCCUCCGUCCCUGAAGGAUGAGGGUGGGGUGGGAAAAUGCCUGAGCAGGUUCCCUGCACAGGGCAUCCUCUGUGGGGCAGGGCGGCCUGGAGCAGUUGUCCAGCCUCUGCUCUCUCUCUCCCCCAAUGUCUCCCCAACUCAUCUGUGUCCUGUUGGCUUAUUGUUAAUAAACACCAGUGAAGUCAUCUUC